UCUCAAAGUACUCAAACUCGGAACUUCACAACUCUUGUCCAACGAAAGUCGUGGACAAUCUACAAAGGAAAGCUCGUGAGUCGUGCCAUUGGCAUGGGCCACACAGAAGUGGUGUCCUGUCGAGCGCACUCCUACCGGUAGUCCCAGUCCUGGCUCGUGGAGGAGAACGAGGUCUCAGCAUUCGUGGCCUGUAGGGCAGAGCUUGUGCUGGUGAUGGAGAAAUGGCUGGUGUAUGCUGUUUUGAUCAUCAGCAUGUGCGCUGUUCAAGCUCAGCAAACGAUGACUAUCCUCAAAGGAGGUCCCCUCACGUUUUCGGCAGGUCCGAACGAGCCCAAGUACGCAGUCAAUUAUGUUGACGAGGGGAACACAGAGAUGGAGGGCGAGGAGACCUCUCUCCAGAAGGUUGUGAUGACUGACAAGGCUGGCAAGAAGUUUCUCUGCAUGCUGCCUGAAGUUAAGGAGGACGAAAGCGAGGGGCAUAGCUAUCCGUACGCACGAAGGAGCGAAAUCAACGGCAGCACCGAAGGGGGGGAAGGGGGGCCACACAGGCAGCAGUCCCCAGGGGAGGUCCUGAAGGGUCAUCGCAAUGUGUGCUUCUACCUGAUCGACGGCUGGUGGACGUACGAGUUCUGUUACCGGAAGCACGUUCGACAAUUCCACAAAGAGGGGGACAAGGUGGUCGCAGACUUUUCUCUCGGGACGUUCGAUUCGGACGCCACCGCGGCGCUCUCCGACGGGUCCGAAGUCGGUUUCCAAAAAGAGCCGCAGUCGGCAGAGGCCGCGCUGCGCUACUACAGCCAGGUGUACACAAACGGCACGUCGUGCGACCUGACGGAUCAGUUGCGCCAAACCGAGGUCCGAUUCUUCUGCUCGCCCGAGUCCCAGUCGUACUUGUCCGCAAUCUUGGAGCCUGCCACAUGUCGAUACAUCCUCAAAUUCCACACGCCUCUGCUCUGCAAACACCCGUUGUACAGGCAAGAGACACGGCCGUGGAGCACGAUCCACUGCCGACCCCACGCGGAAGAAAGCGCCGACGGGGCCAGUGGGCAGUCAUCGAUGCAGAGAACAGACGAAACACGUGACCUUGUUGAGAAAACAUAAUGCAUUUUAGGCAAUAUUGAGUGAGCACGAGCAUGAGCAAUGUGGUCGAUGGCUUCACAUCAUCAACUUUGCAUGCACGUAUCCCAGUCCUCAAGCACCGGCAGCUUUUUGAUCCUAUGAUACGGUCCUGUCAC